UAUAAAUUACUGUAGUAUUUUUUCACCUUGGACGUGUUUUUUCUUUUUCUUUUACCCUAGUCAUGAAUAGUAGCUUAAUAAACCAAUUUUAUUUAAAAUGAUACUGAAAAACUUUUUUUCUUUCAAGACAAUUAUACAUUAAAUUGUAGCAGCAUAAAAUAGAAACGCUGUCGUCUGGUAAUGAAGCGCCCUCUAUCGAGCGUAUGUGAAGACUUUUAUUUUGAAAUCUUUCAUAUUCUACUUCUGCUGUGGGCUCAAGACUUCUGCGAAAGACACGAGAAACCUCAUGAAGAGCACAUUUAUGACCUCCUACGUUAAUAUUUGCCUUCGCAUGAAUGUUAACCAAGCAUUUAAGUAUCAUGUGGAGUCCUGAUGAAAUAGCCAGUAUCUGUUAUAAUCACUUCAAUAAACUUCCUAAAAGAGGAAAGCCAGAGGCGGGCAGAGAGUGGACUCUACUGGCUUCUGUAAUUCUCCUGACUGACAGUUCAGACCAGAAGACAGUUCACAAGCAGGUUGUGUCUUUGGGGACGGGUACCAAAUGCAUCGGCCAGUCUGCUAUGAGUAUGAAGGGUGAUGUUCUGAAUGACAGUCAUGCAGAGGUUAUUGCUCGAAGGGGGUGUGUCAGGUAUCUGACGGAGCAGCUGUACAAGGCUGUGAGUGGCCAGAGCUCUGACGUCUUCUGUCCAGGGACCGAAGAGGGAAAAUGGACAGUUAAACCAGGAGUUUCUUUCCUUUUCUUCACCAGUCAAACACCCUGUGGUGAUGCCUCCAUAUUCCCUAUGACUGGCAGUCAAGCGCAGCCGUGUGAGCCAGUAAAGGCAGUCCAGAAGGAAGAAUCAGAGAGACGAGGCCUGAAACGACAGGCUGAGAGUGAAUUAGAGGAGACCAGACCGGGUCCUGGAAUGAAGACAAGUGACAACAACCAUUCAUCAUGCAGAAAAUCAGGGGAUUCCAAUCAGGAUGAAGUUAUAAUAGAAAACAAAGCGUGUAAUCAAUUAAACGAUGUCUCGCACUUUCAACCGGAUGUAAAGAAAGUCUGCCCACCUGACCUCCAUCGCACUGGGGCAAAGUGUGUCCCUGACGGCCCAGCCGACCCUCUCAAGCCUGGAUUACUCUAUCACAGUGUUGGGGUGUUGCGGGUGAAGCCGGGCCGUGGGGACCGCACUCUUUCUCUCUCCUGCAGUGAUAAACUUGCCCGCUGGGGCAUUCUGGGUAUCCAGGGUGCCCUGCUGUCUCAUUAUCUGCAAGGGCCGAUCUGCUUCAGCGCUGUGGUGGUUGGAAAGGGUUCGUACAGCCAUCAGGCAAUGGAGAGAGCACUGAAAACACGAUGUUCUCAUGUGAGAGGUUUGCCAUCAAGUUUCUCCGUACGUGCUCCAGAGCUUCUGCAGGCCAAUCUGGAAUUUACCCACAACCACACACACACUGAGUCCAAACACACACACUCACAGGGCAGGAUAUCUCCCUGCGGGGCAGCCAUCAGCUGGUCUGCAGUGUCCCAGCAGCCUCUAGAUGUCACUGCUAAUGGCUAUAAACAGGGAGUGACGAAAAAAGCUUUGGGCACAUUACAAGCAAGAUCUUUAAUCAGUAAAGUGGAGCUCUUUCAUUCGUUUCUGAAACUGGUGGCAGCAACUGAAGACUCUCAUCUUCCAGAGACCCUCCGUGGAAAAGAUUUGAGGACAUACUGGGACUACAAGCAGGCAGCAGAGACGUAUCAGCAGGCCUGGACACAGCUGCGACUGCAGGCCUUCCCGCUGUGGCCCCGCAGCCCACGAGAACUGCUGCUGUUUCAUUAGCGGAUUGGACAUUUUACCAUAACAGUGUCCUGAAUGAAUCACAUGAAAAGAAGCUCUUAUACUUGAGGUUUCAGCACUGUUCACUUUUAUAUAUGUAAUAAAAUUGACUGUCUUUCUCUUCGUUUUUUUGUAAAUACUACAUACAACAGAAACUGUAAAAGCGAGUUCACCUAAAAUCAAAGAUUUUGGCAUCAUUACUUAACCGGAUUGUCAUUCCAAACCUGUAUGACUUUGUAUCUUCUGUAUUUCUAUCAUCAUUUAAAAGAGGUUUAGCAGGCUCACACUGUUCUUUUCCAUCUAUCAAAAGCAUGUAGUGAUCAGGGCCUAUAAGCCAAAACAUAACUCUCAAAUCUCAUUAAAUAUCACUAUUGAUGCCAAACACCAUUGUCUUUCACGUCUUGCGACCAACCAAGUUUGAAUGUGCUGCGACAGAGGGGAAGAUAUCAAAGGGAUAGUUCACCCAAAAAUGAAAAUUAUCCCAUAAUUUACUCACCCUCAAGCUAUCCCAUGCUUAUAUGAGUUUUUCUUUUAGUCAAACACAGAGUUAUAUGUGACCCGUGCUGUCAAAAUGAGUCGGAAUGCGCACGGGUUAAUUUCGAGCUACAGGCAAAACAAGUGAUGAAAAAUGUCAAUUUAGGUCGAAAUUGAGGUUUUCACAAAAAUUAGUUCAUUAAGCCCUCGUCUAGCGAUCCCAAUGCUCCAUAUAGCAAUUAAACAUCUAAAAGUAUGUUUAUUUGUACGUUUUCUGAGAGGAGUAGCUACCUACCCUUCAAACAAAAAUGGAAUUUCUGUCAGUUACUCACCUUCAUGUCAUUCCAAAACCUGUAUGACUGACUGACUUCUGUGGAACCAAAAACAAGAUAUUUUCUUUAUGUGUAGGUAUGUCUCAAUAAAUCAUCUUGACGAUU